CGUGGCUUACCUCCACAAAUAUCAACAGUAUGCUAUCUGGCACAGUUAUUGCUUUCUGCGCGGUUAUCUUCAUCAGAAGCUUCUGUUGGAGAGAAAUGGGUGAACCAGUUUAUCAAGCGCCAUAAAGAACUUUGCUCCAAAUACAGCCAAAAGUAUGAUUAUCAACAAGCCAAAUGUGAAGAUCCAGAGCUUAUCAAGGGGUGGUUUAAACGGUUUCAUGAUACUAUUCAAAAGUAUGGGAUCGUGGAGCAAGAUAUCUACAACAUGGAUGAAACUGGCUUCCAAAUGGGUGUGAUAUCAACUGCCAAAGUUAUCUGCAGAUCAGAAACAAGAGAGAGUCAUGCAAAGAUUAUACAACCUGGGAAUCAUGAAUGGGUUACUGCAAUUGUAGCAGUAAAUGCAAUGGAUGGGCCUUACCUCCGCAGAUUAUUCUAG